AUGAGUGAACAGGAGAAGGAGACGGAGGAGGAUGAGGGAGGGGGCACUUCUGACACAGCACCCAUGCUGCCAGGAAGACUUCCUGACUGCCAGGCCUCAGCCCUGAUGUCCCCAGGAUGGGUGGGCCUGGCUGUCAAUGGCUCGGGGACCCUGUUGCUGCCUGGCCAGGCCCUGGCGGGGCUCCUGCUGCAGCUGCUGCUGCCUUCGACAGUGUUCCUGCUCGUGCUGCUGCCCCCGGCUGCCAUCGUGUACCUGGGAUUCCUGUGCCACUCGAGGGUUCACCCGGCUCCCCGCCCCGCGUGCCGCGCGCUCCUCUCGGACAGGGGCUCCGCGGCGCUCAUCGUCCUCGGCUUCCUCUCGCUGCCUCCGCUGCUCGUGCUUGCCUCGGCCGCCCGCGCUCGCCUGGCCCGGCGCCUCCGCGCGCUGCUGCCGCCCGAAGCCUGGAGCCCUGGAGCCCGCCGCCGCGCUGGGCGCCGCGACCGUGGGCGAGUGGGACGCCACCCCGACGGCGACGAGCCGCUCUGCGCCUGGGUGUGAGCCCUGGAGGCCUCUCCAGGGCCGAGACUCCCGAGACCGGGAAAGGCCCCCGGCCUCCGCCCCGCCCCGUGAGAGAGCCCGGGCCUGCGCGCUCGAGGCGUGCGUCCGGGUGCCCGCCUGGAGACCCGCGGGGCUCCGUGCGCAGCACGUGGGGCGGCCGCGAGGUGGCGCCAGACACGCCCGAGCGGAGGCCGCGCUUCCGACGGCCGUCCCGUCCCGUCCCGCCCCGCCCCGCCCCGCCCCGCCCCGCCCCGCCCCGCCCCGCCCCGCCCCCUCCCGUCCCGCCCCGCGCC